AUGUCUCCCUCGCUACUGCCAUACCUGGGUGCGGAGAUGCUCACAAUCUACCGUGGAGUCAAUUUUGAAGCCUUUCUGAGGAACGAGUUCACAGAUAAAUUUGUCGGACGCUUGGCUAUUGAAGACGCCCCAGAAAGUGGUACUACCCAUCUUCAUCUAUCAGACAAUCAACUUACUGUCGAGGGACUUUCUGGACUAAUCAGAUCUGGAAGAUUGCACGUACUCGAUGCUGGGAGUCUUUUGCCUGCAAUGGCCUCACAAGAUGGCUCGUUCAGUAUGAACUUUCCUAGUCUAGCAAAGCUUGCUCCUGUGUUGGCCGAGUCGGCAAGUCAUAGCCUGACGUAUCUGAGGAUCGACCACAGUUUGGUGACUGAAGAGCCACCAGUGAUGCAAGAAGAUACCAAUCAGCCAAUCUCUCAAUACUGCGAGCUUGCAGACACCUCCAACUACCCUUCUGGAAUUGCUGAGCUGGAUCAUGAUACAGAGGUCUAUGAGAUGAUGGGCGACACCUCUUUCGCGACCGAGAUCUCUGGCGAUCCUGUCUCUAUUGUGGUGACGCCUACAAGUGUCGAAAAGCCUACCACGUGCGUACAUGAAGCGCGAAGGAGGAGCCAAGAUCUUCCAAUGCCUGUCCAGGCAGAAGAGAGGAACGAAACUGGUCUACACGUAACCGCACUCGAGCAGGGAAACGACAUGUCAAUGGCAGUGGUCGACGAGAUUCUGACUCCGAGUCCCAUCCUUCCCUCCCGUGGUCUUGGUCGCAGCUACUCAUCAAUCGUCAAAGAGCGCAAAACCCGGAUACAAACACACUUGACCCAAGCAAAAGGCUUCCACCCAGGCAUCCUGCCUCACCUAAAUACCUUGAUUCUAACCGAGCUCCCUUCAACCUCACCAAUAUCAGAUACCCCAAACAGACUGAUCUCCUUCAUACACGCUUGCGCCGAAGAAACAUCUCUCGCAAAACUUCAAGCUCGACUCGAUUGGACACUACCACCUGGCCGCAGACAAAGCCACUCGCAUCAAAAAGAGCUCGUACGCAAAUCUUUCGCUCUCGAGCAACUCGUCCUCGAAGUCGCGCCCUGCAGUGUGGAUCAGAAGAAAGCAGAAGCAGCCAGUGCAUGGAGACACCGUGGCACCAAAUCCGUGACUCAAGAUCAAGAUAGCGAAGCCUUGUGGGCAGCCUCCCAGACCGAUUUCUCCUUUUUCGGUGAGGGCGAGACGAAUAGUUUGGAUACUUGUCUCGAGCCCUCCAGACCACUGACCAUCAUGUCUGGCAUGGAGGUUUCCGUCGCGCCUCCUUCCAGUCACUCUGCCCACAAACCCACCGAUGAGGCCCCUAAACCUAGUGUUGAUGUGAUAGCCCAACUCUCUGCAUUCCGCAAGGCGACUAAAUCAGCAUAUCGAAAGCGACAAGCGGAGGGAGAGGAAGACCCCGAGGUACCAGGGUUUUGGGAUGGCAAUAUUAAGGUGGUGAGGAGAGCGAAGGAUGUGGAUCCUAAAUUCGAGGACGACGAGGUAUGGGCUGAUUAUUAUGGCAACCGAUUCUCGAAUGGAUAUCUGUAUCGAUAG